GCGGGGCCGCGUGUGUUUACAUCCGGCCGGGGCGCGCCGCCGCCGCCACUGCUGCCUGGGUUCGUUCGGCCCGAGGUCCGAGCCGCCCGCACCAUGGACACCAGCGACCUCUUCGCCAGCUGCAGAAAAGGGGAUGUGGGCCGAGUGCGGUACCUGCUGGAGCAGCGGGACGUGGAGGUGAAUGUGCGGGACAAGUGGGACAGCACCCCCUUGUACUAUGCCUGCCUGUGUGGGCACGAGGAGCUAGUACUCUACCUUCUGGCCAACGGAGCCCGCUGUGAGGCCAACACCUUUGAUGGGGAACGCUGCCUCUAUGGGGCACUUAGCGACCCCAUCCGCCGGGCCCUGCGCGAUUACAAGCAGGUGACAGCCUCCUGCAGGAGACGGGACUACUAUGACGACUUUCUGCAGCGGCUUCUGGAGCAGGGCAUCCACAGCGACGUGGUUUUUGUGGUGCAUGGGAAGCCCUUCCGGGCACAUCGCUGCGUCCUGGGCGUGCGCAGUGCCUACUUUGCCAACAUGCUGGACACCAAAUGGAAGGGCAAGAACGUCGUGGUCCUGAGGCACCCACUGAUCAACCCCGUGGCCUUUGGGGCCCUGCUGCAGUACCUGUACACAGGCCGCCUUGACAUCGGUGUGGAACACGUUAGCGACUGCGAGCGCCUGGCCAAGCAAUGCCAGCUGUGGGACCUGCUCAGCGACCUGGAGGCCAAGUGCGAGAAGGUGUCCGAGUUUGUGGCAUCCAAGCCAGGCACGUGUGUGAAGGUGCUGACUAUUGAGCCCCCCACAGCAGACCCCCGGCUUCGGGAGGACAUGGCCCUGCUGGCCGACUGCGCCCUGCCCCCUGAGCUCCGUGGUGAUCUCGGGGAGCUGCCCUUCCCUUGCCCUGACGGCUUCAACAGCUGUCCUGAUGUCUGCUUUCGGGUGGAAGGUUGCGGCUUUCUCUGCCACAAGGCCUUCUUCUGCGGCCGCAGCGACUACUUCCAGGCCCUGCUGGACGACCACUUCAGAGAAAACGAGGAGCUGGAGGCCUCAGGCGGCCUCCCGGCCAUCACUCUCCACGGCAUCUCACCCGACAUCUUCACGCACGUGCUCUAUUACAUCUAUAGCGACCACACAGAGCUGCCCCCCGAGGCGGCCUAUGAUGUGCUGAGCGUGGCCGACAUGUACCUGUUGCCAGGCCUGAAGCGGCUGUGUGGCCGCAGCCUGGCCCAGCUGCUGGACGAGGACAGCGUGGUGGGUGUGUGGCGCGUGGCCAAGCUGUUCCGCUUGGCGCGCCUCGAGGACCAGUGCACUGAGUACAUGGCCAAGGUCAUCGAGAAGCUGGUGGAGCGGGAGGACUUCGUGGAGGCCGUGCGGGAGGAGGCGGCGGCCGUGGCUGCCCGGCAGGAGACGGACUCCAUCCCGCUGGUGGACGACAUCCGCUUCCACGUGGCCAGCACGGUGCAGACCUACAGCGCCAUUGAGGAGGCGCAGCAGCGGCUGCGGGCACUGGAGGACCUGCUGGUGUCCAUUGGCCUGGACUGCUGACUGUCAGCUUGUAGCACGUGUGGGCCGCUGUGUGUGUACGCGCGCGUGCGCGUGUACAGCUCGUCUUUCUGUUCCUUGUUAUGUUGAGGGCAUCGUGGUGGGCUGAGGGGGCUCCGUGGGGUACCCCUCCCACUACAUGCCUGGGGGCCCCAGGGGAGGGUCAGGAUGAGCCCCCUCCCCCAACACAAGCCAGCCCCCAAGGCCCUGGGGCUGGGCACUGCUCAGGGAAACCUGGGGUGGGGGUCUCUUUGGGCCUCCCUCCCCCAGGCCCCUCCACACCCCCGCUCUCCUGGCCCUGGCUUGUUUGCUUCCAAGCCAAGCCAGCAAGCAGGCUUCUCUGAGGAGCCGAGGUGGCCCACAGGGAGCAGAGAAGUCUGUGUGUGGUAAUAAAGCUUCAUUUGCCGUGGGAGCCUGAGCCUGUGUCUGGGGUGGGCACAGGAGCAGGAGUUGGGGAGGACCAGGGAGGAAGCUCUGGAUUUGGAGCCCCUCGUCCAAGCUGGGAAGGCCUCGGUGCCCAACAGUGGCUUCUCGGGGGCUGGUGGGGUGUGUCUGUGGGUCUGAGUAGGCAGGCCCUCUCUGCAGGGGCCCUGAGCUUCCCCAGCUGGGCCCAGCCUCGCCAGUGGUGGGACUCCCCUCAGGCCCAGCUUUUGCCUUGAGCUCCUCUUGGCGAAGUCCGACCCACCUCCCUGCCCUCCGUGGUCCUGGGGGAGGUUUAGUGCGAGGCUGACUGAGCCAUCAGAGGCUGCUUCCCCCUCAGACAGGCAAGGACCGGCUUCCAAGCCAGACAUAUUUCUAGCACUCAUUUGUUGAGCACCGCCUGUACACCAGAGGCUGUUCGUCUAGCUGUGGUCUCACCACCAGCACCCGCAUUUUACAGCUGUCAGGACGGAGGCUGGGCCAGAGGGGCGAGGCCCCAGUCAGCCCUGCAGUCCCAGGAGGAGGGCCGGGGAGGAGGGGUGGAGCUGGAAGGAGUAGGAGGAGGCCCAGUGACCCCAGCUAGCCCCAGCCUGGCUCCCUCCACUCCCCAGCCCACUGGCUGCUGGCUGUGGGGACUAACCUCCAUCUGCCCUCAGCCCAGGGCCAGCCUCCUUCUUGGGGCGGCCUCCUGGCCCCUGCCACAGGGGCCGUGACAUUAUCAGGGAUGUCAGAGGCAGCUUUCUCAGGAUACCCUGUAGGCUGCCCCCACCGCAGUCCCUUGGGUCCUGAGGCCCAGGCAGCAAGCACCCUGAGGCCUGCCCCCUUCUGCUCUGGGAACAGCAGUGGGUGUCCUGGCCCUCCCUGCAGUUGUUGUUCUGCCCUUUGUGCCUUUUUACUCUUGUCAGUUCCAGAACUUCUGGGAUCUUUUCCUUAAGCCCCUCCGUGCUUUUCAUCCAUAUUGGUCUGGCAUGUUGCUCACAUGUGGUCAGCUGUAAGAUCAGUUGGGUCAGUUGAACAAGGUACCCAGUAGGUAAGAGGGUGAUUGGUGUGGAGGAGGGGAACUUGCCAAGUAGACAGCGGGGCCUGCUGGGUGGAGGGCAGGGCUUGGGCAUGGGCCUGGGAGCCUGAAGAGGCCCAGGAUGAGACUGGAGGAGGUCAGCAUGGCCAGGGUCCAGGCCCCCACUGCGGCCAGAGUUCCCACCCUCGCUCUACUUCUUACUGCCUGGUCACAGCUCCAUGCCUCAGUUUGCCCAGCUGCCUCCCUCCUUGCUUGGGGCAUUAAAAGUGAGUUCCUGCUAUUUGUGGAGGGGACCACACCGGCCCAGGGAGUGAGCUUGUUGUGUAUUUGUGAAAUGCUGGGCUCCACCCAAGGUGUGGAGGGAGGGACAAGGAGGGUGCGGCAGGGGCUGUCUUCAGCUUUGCAAGGUCAUUCCGCUUGCUCUGGGCACCCAGGCAGGAAGGGUGGGGCCAGGCUGGUGGCCUAAGAGCCACAGGUCCCACCUGAGACCGCACACUAACUCCACGUGCGCCAAGGUAUGUAGUAAGAAGUUUAAACAUUAAAAAAAGUUUUUUUAAUUACGAUGCAUUUUUUCAAAAACGAUUUUAUUAGAAAGCAAGCAUGGGGGGGGAGGGGCAGAAGGAGAGGGAGAGAGAGAAUCUCAAGCAGAUUCCGUGCUGAGGACAGAGCCUGACGUGGGGCUCGAUCCCACGACCCCAAGAUCACGACCUGAGCCAAAACCAAGAGUCGGAUGCUUAACCGACUGCACUACCCAGGCACCCCAAUUACGAUGCAUUUUUUAAAAAUAGAUACUAGGGAUGAAAGUGAACUGGCAUAGCAAACACAUCUUUUUUACAGCUAUUACUUGAAAGCGUAUUUGUUUUAUAACAGAUUGUAAGUAAAAACCUAAGUGAGGAGGUUUCAGGGGAAAUGCUCUGGAUGUGGUACUUUGCAGGUCACCGAGAGAGCGAGUCUGGGGAGCUGUGCCGGCCAGGGAGGCAGUGGGGCCGGGGGAGUCCAUGUGCCUGGGACCGUGGCCGGUCCCCUCAGCCCCUGGGCCACAGGGGCAUCCACCAAUUACCUCAUCACACCUUCCUCCUUUUCUCGGCUACUUAUGGUCUACGGUGGGGAAGGUGUUCAGUGCGGUGUUGCAAACAGGAAACAGUGAGAACAGCCUCCGGGAGCCCAGCGGGGAAGGAAAUGGUAGUAAACCGGUGUGGCCGAGCUUCCGGUGGUCCUGAGGAUGCUCGGUGGUGGCCUGUGUACACACGGGGGGUGCGGGGGCUGUCUGCCUGCCUGGCGGUGCUCCCUGGAAGCCCGGGCUCAGAAACACAGGGCCGGCUUCCAGAGUGAGAGCUGAGGGUUUCAUCUGAUUUCUGUGUUGUUUCCAUAGUGUGGCUGUAUUGCAUUUAGAAUUAAAAAGCACAUCUGUCCCUCAGGUAGCAACUUUAAUUCAUUCCUGCCGAGUGAAAACAUAUGUCCAUGAAUUUUAUUGGGAAAGCUAAGCAUUCUAUCCCAACUCAAGAUACACAUUUUUCACAGAAGGAAAAAUAGAUCAGCUGAGCGCUGACCAAAGAAGCAACAAGCACAGCUUAUACAAAGAUGUAAUGUGGGGAUGGCUUGUCGCACCCCCAGGGAGAGAAAAGGAGCCACGGCGGGCUGUGCGGGGCAGGCGAGGCACUCUCUUCUCAGGUGCUGUGUGCUGAGUCGUGCUGGAGCUCAGAGAAACAUCAGGAAUCCCGAUCCUGUCUUUAUUUAAAAUGCUGCUAUUGGGUUCAUCAUGCAUUUUUUAUGUUACUUUUAAUUUAAAGCACAUGAAAGUAUUACUUAUCUUGUUCAUGAAGAUUCUUGGUGCCCCUUUUACAUUGUGUCCCAGGCAAGUGUCUUACUUGGCCUCACCCUGGUCCUGGUCCUGACCCAAACAGUCAUUACAUGAGGCAGGUCUAUGAUGAAUAUAUAACAUAUUUUCUCAACCAUCGAUUAAAAUCUUCCCCACUUGCAAAGAAAUAAAAAUUUAAAAAAAGAGAGUGAUGGCUCUGCAUAUGUUCUUUCAUCCACCUGGAAAACGGCACAGCCUUU